AUGAGAAUAAACGUGCAUCUGAAACAUAGAGGAGGAACCACCGAAGCUCGAGUAUUGAUCGAUUCAGGAGCAGAAGGACUUCUCAUCGACAAACAAUUCUGCUUGAAAAACAACAUACCAACGCAGAAAAUUGACAGACCUAUCCCUGUAUUCAACGUAGAUGGAACGGCCAACGACGGAGGAAAAAUCACCAACAAAGCCUGCAUGCUUAUGAGAAUGACAAACAAAGAGGACGACUAUCACGACGAACAAUGCGAGCUGUUAGUCACUAACCUAGGAGGCGAAAAUGUGAUCUUGGGAACGGACUGGCUGCAUGAACAUAACCCACAAAUCAAUUGG